AUGAGUAAUGAGUGCAAUAUUUAUCCCAGACCCGCAGUGCCUUCGAAGAGUGCUUACCGCUGGGCCCGCUCCGUCGGCACGUCUCAGAUGCAAGGUUUUCGCCCACAUUCUUUUGAAAUGGAUCUGCAACCACCUGCUAAGGCAUCAAAGACUGAAGCAAUAUGGAGCAAUACUCCUGGCAAGCCCACAAUAGACAUCCUAGUGCUUCGAGUCACUGUAGAACGUCAUCGUGAGUUCGGUCGUGGGCUACUCGCAGUCUACAUCGACCUCAAGAAGGCGUUUGAUUUGGUGCAUCGCGAAUCGUCAUCGGAGAUCCUGAGACUUAGGGGAAUUCCGACACGGGUUAUUGGAUUAAUAGCAAGCCUAUAUACUGGCACUGAAAGUGCUGUGUCGAGGUUCUUCCCUGUUAACUCCGGCUUCUGA